AUGCACCACCCCCGUCUCGCCGACUUCUACGAAGACUUCACCCGCCCACACACAUCCCUCCUCACCUCCUCCAACCCCGGCACAACAACCACAACAACAACGCACGCCCCAACCGCCAGCAACACCAACAACGGCGCCACCGGCUCCGGAACCACAACAGUAACAUACGGCUCGUCAUCCCCCACCCUCGUCCCCUCCUAUCUCCCCAUCGAAGACAUCUACGUCGCAGCGCAAUACCAGCCCCCGAACCCGGAAGACGAAGACGACGUGGUCCCGGACCAGCACGCGGCGUUUGGGAUCGCGAGGGCGAUGGAGCGGAGACGCGAGGCGGUGUGGCGCGAUCUGGGCAUGGAGGAGCUCAUGGGUGCGAGUGGGGGUGUUGGGGGGAGGGGCGGGGGUGGGCUUUUGGGGGGUGGUCUUGCUGGUGGUGGUUCUGGUGGGAUUGGGGGGUUGAAUAUGGGGGUGGGGAGUGGAAGUGCGGCGGGGGUUAGGGUGAGGGUUAAGGAGAGUGGGAGGAGGAUGGGAGGGAGGAGGGAGGUUAUUUGUUUGAGGUGA